AUGGCAGGUUAUGACCCUGUUGACUGGUUGUCCUUUCUUCCUGAAAGCCAUUCUGUGGACUGUGUUAUAGGAAAUGGAGCUGUUCUUGGUCGGCAAGUGCAGGGUAUAAAACGACAUCAUCAUUGUAAGUGGAUUCAGGUCGUUCAUACAGCUCCUGAAGAGCUUGGUAUGCACAAGUCCUACGCAGAUGCCAUUUCAAGAGGCGAGAAAAAGCGCCAGGCUGAGGUAAAACUCUGUGAAAAAGCUGAUCAAGUUGUAGCGGUUGGUCCCAAGCUGGCUGAAGCUUUCUCAGAUUAUCUCCGUGCACGUGGAAAGGAUCAAGAUGUUCUUAAUCUUACCCCAGGCAUCUUCUCAGAAUUUGCUAAUGUAAAGCAAGCCUCUGAAGAAAGAAAAACAUUCAGUGUUUUAGUGUUUGGACGCGGUGACAAUGAAGACUUUCAGCUGAAAGGAUAUGACAUCGCUGCUCGUGCUAUUGCUGAGUUGAAAGACGAGCCACAGCCCUAUAAGCUCUUGUUUGUUGGAGCUCCAAGUGGAGAAGAGGAGAAAGUGAAAGAUUUGUUACUCCAGCAAGGCAUUGAUCGAAGUCAACUAACUGUGCGUUGUUUCAAUGAAAGUAGAGAGCAGUUAGCCCGUUUGUUUUGUGAAGUAGAUCUUGCUAUAAUGCCAUCACGAACUGAGGGCUUUGGUCUUGCCACCCUUGAGGCUUUAUCUGCUGGUCUUCCUGUGUUGGUCAGUGGGAACUCUGGUCUUGGUGAAGCCUUACAGGAAGUUCUGAACGGUUCAAAUUGUGUGGUGGAAUCAGAAGAUCCUAAAGAUUGGGCCAAUGCAAUCAAAGCUGUUCGGAAGAAAAGAAGGAAGCUGCGACUGAGAGAGGCCACGGUUCUUCAAGGAGAGUAUGCCGAGAUAUACAGCUGGCAGGAUCACUGUAAUAGACUUGUGGAACGAAUGCUUGCCAUUUCUCGAGGUAACAGGUUCACUUUUUACUUCAAUUGGUCUUGGUAUUGACCUAAUCUGCUGGCAUUAGGAAAUGUACAUAUGUAAGUUCACGCUAUUACAAUGACAACAUUAGUGAAAACUUCACAAUGACAAAUUUGUCUCUCUCUUUUUUAUUUAAAGUCCAUUAGGGAAGUCUGCCUUCAUUUGCCAAUUUCAGAGAGUUUCAAAAUCGCGAUUUCUUUUAACAUCUUGUUCCCGUCCCUGAGGGUCAAAAGUAAAGAAUUAUUGUAUUGCUACAUUGGUGUACUCUUUUUGUAGGUCCCACUGCAGAUGAGCAGGAUUUAUCUAUGAAAGCCACUGUGAUCUGUCAUGAUGAAAAGCCCUCUCCUUCUGAAAAACGUCUUCAUAAAGGUACACUUGAAUAUUAGAAACAUGUGCAAUAUGUCCAUUGGAGCAAUUCAUUGUUUUAUAUGUAGGAAGGUCUGGGACAUGUACUUUAAUUUGGGCUUAAUGAUUAUUCCUUGUGGGGAUGUUAAAUAAAAAAGAAAUGGUCGAAGCAUCGAACAAGACUCGUUUAAGACUGACUUACAAGGUCAAGACGUUUUCAAACUGGUUACGGGUGGUUACAGUGUAGCUUAAUGGACCAGAGCAAAAGGAAAUGGCGUUUUAAGACUUUUAACAUAUACACUGUAGGCUUGGUCGUUUUGUAUGGGUUAUUCUGAGUGAAAUUUUCACCUUGGGACUUAGACAUGCAGGCCAUUGCCGCAGUGUAUAGAUUAUCAACUGGCAUUUGAUCGCCCUAGUGAGGUAAUCAGGAUUCCAGAAUCCGGGAAACUUUUGCUGAUGGAUUCUGGAAUCCAGGAAACUUUUUCUUUUGGAAUCCGGAAUCCUGGGCUUUGGAAUCCGGAAUCCAACUCAAGGAAUCUGGAAUCUCGCUAAUGAUUGUAAUCCGAAAUCCAAGUUCCGCUGACAAGGAAUCCGGAGUCCAAUACCUGAAAUCCAGAAUCUAAGACUGUUUUGGCGGCCAAAUUGACCUGCUCUGUGUCUUCCCAUAAGCUCCCCCCCUCCCCGCUUUUCUGGGGAAGAAAGUUAAUAUGCCCCCUUUUCUAUUAAGCCCCCCUCCUCUCCCUUAAUUAUUCUUCACUAAUAAACGAUAGACUUUAUUAAUCAAUUACCACUUUAAAACUUCGUAUAGACUGAUAGCCCCGGUAGUCUGUUAAGCCUACGAGAAACCGCUUUCUGAAAAAUGUCUCCAGCGCGAUACAUGUGAAUUCCCUAUUUGACAAAAAAAAAACAUACAAACACAGGUUUUGUAUGGAAUUAGCUGGGGUGUGUAUGGGCAAAAAUAAUUGGAUCAUCACUAGUCUGGUUUAAUUUCAGGCUCAAAAAAGGGGAAAAGGCCUUUGUCUCCAAGUAGCACUCCAGCAUCAAAAGUCCCAAAAUGUUUGGGAGGUGAAGGUAAAGUUUGUUUAUGCAUGAUAAAGUUUAUAACCGUCUCAUUACUGAAAGCAACAUUGGAAGUAAAAGAUCUGCGUGGGCGAACUUCUGUUCUUAACACAUUUUGUACCCUCUGCCACACCACUUCCCCCUCCUGCUUUAGAGAUAGAUACUCAAGAUGCUGGAGUCACCCUCACCCGUUCAGUAGCAAAACUUAAACUUCUCGAGUUUGACGCAUGCUCUUUCUAUAUCGAGCGUGCUUCAUAUUCUACUGAUAUGAGUACAGAAUUUUUGGUCGCAUUUUGGCACAUUUUGUCAAACUGUAGUCAAGUCCUGUUCUUGUCUCAAUUUCUUGCGAGAUUGUUUAUGGGUAAGGGUUUCGUGCUUAAUGAUUUAUUUGUGCGAAGGUAGUGUGGCGAAACACAAUGAUGCUUUUCUGGUUUGAUUGUUACUUUCAAGUGAUUUUACGUCGUAAAUAGGCCUCAGGAAUUCUGAAGCUGAACUACAUUAACUCUUUCACCCCUAGACUGAGUUAUGGCGAGAUAAUUUGUCAUUCUAAGUUUUGCAUCUGUGAAAGAAACUCUGUGGUGUUACCAUUUAAAUGAAUCCUAAAGCGAGUUCAGAAAGACGAAGAAACAUGUCUGAAGUCCCCAGGAUGGAAGUUGGCCAAAGAUGACCAUACAGGAGUUCUCAAGUGUGAAGGCAGAAUUAAAAGAUUAAAGGCCGAUUUACCUUCCUGGUGGUUUACCUGCGGAGAGGCUUAUCUCUCACAUCCACAAUCAGGUCAUGCAUCUUGGUGUCGCAAACACGAUGGCGAGUGUGAGAGAAAACUGGUGGAUACCAAAGUUGAGAGCGAAAGUCAAGAAGGUCAUUAAGAACUGCAACAUCUGCAAAGUAUACUCCACCAAACCUUAUGGAUUGCCGUCAAUUAGUGCUUUGCCAGAAUAUAGAACGGAGGGGAGCAGACCGUUUGAAGUAACCGGGGUGGACUUUGCCAGACCCUUCCUGUACGAGGUCGGUAAGAAAGAAGAAGGAAAGUGCUAUGUCAUUAUUUUCACCUGUACCUGCUCCAGAGCGAUCCAUUUGGAAGUUGCAAGAACCCAAACGGCAGANGCAACAUCUGCAAAGUAUACUCCACCAAACCUUAUGGAUUGCCGUCAAUUAGUGCUUUGCCAGAAUAUAGAACGGAGGGGAGCAGACCGUUUGAAGUAACCGGGGUGGACUUUGCCAGACCCUUCCUGUACGAGGUCGGUAAGAAAGAAGAAGGAAAGUGCUAUGUCAUUAUUUUCACCUGUGCCUGCUCCAGAGCGAUCCAUUUGGAAGUUGCAAGAACCCAAACGGCAGAUGAAUUCAAGAGUAAGCUGAAUGCCUUUAUCUCGCGACGGACAAGACCUCGCAUCAUCAUCUCGGAUAAUGCCAAAGUGUUUAAGGCUACGGCAGAUUGGAUCAAGGCAGUGAGAAAAAGUGAGAAGUUGCAGAAUUACUUAGCGCGUGAGAAUAUCCGUUGGCAGUUUAAUCUUGCAAAGUCACCCUGGUGGGGAGGAAUCUAUGAGAGAUUGAUUAAGGAGAUAAAAAAGACCUUGCACAAGACCUUGGGGAGGUCACAUCUUUCCUAUGAAGCAUUUGAAUCAGUCAUCAUGGACAUCGAAAGAAAUUUGCCAGUGAAUAAUCGCCCCUUGACAUGUGUUGAAGCAUAUGAAGAGGAGGUGCUUACACCGAACAUGAUCCUGUGGGGAGAUGUGUAUGCUGUAGAAGACACUGAAAGCUCAGAUGCAGAGAAGCUGACAAGUAUGGCCAAACGAUUGGAAAAUGCUAAGGCCAAUGCAUGGAAACGCUGGAAAAGGGAGUAUGUCCACAGCCUAAUUGAAAGUCACAGGCUUAACAGGGAAACGGGAACCAUACCUCAAGUGGGAGAAAUUGUACUCAUCAUUGGAGACGAAAGAACCGCGGAGAAUGGAGAAAGGGUAGAGUGGUGCGUCUUAUCAAAGGCAAAGAUGACGUCGUUAGAGGGGUAACAUUGUUAUACAAAAGGCACACUAUUGACCAACCGCUUCAGUUAGUUUGUCCCAUGAAAAUCAGAGCGGCGAGCUGAUGUAGGAGAACAGAGACCAAGACGAGCUGCAGCUCAGAUGGCUGCUCAGAGAAUCGCAGAACAAUUGCAAGAAGAAGAGAACUGAUAAACUGAACUGUGUUUGAGUAUAAAUCGGACUGUCAUAUAGCAAAUCGGAUUAGUUUCAAGUUACGGUUGAUUGUAAACAUUGCGAGCUACAAUUUUUAGGGCAGUUGUGUAAGAGAGAUUGACCGACACUACCCCUCACAGUUUUUUGUGUCCUUUAGUAGGACUAUUAAAUUAGGUCUAGGACUACUAAAUAAGGCAAUGAACACGUGCGAGAAAGAUAGAACUGGACGAGACGAAAAAGAGAGCGAGCUUUCCUUGUGGAGUUUUUCAUCGAGUAUUGUGAUAUAUUGUGAGUUCUUUCGGACAGAAUAAAAACCAGGAAACCGUGUUAUCGUGAGUUGUUACUGUGAAUUCUAUGGGCUGUUUCAUUGUUCAGCUCAGUUGGUUUUAGUUUUUGCAAUCGAUCGCCCGCUACAUCCACACACACAAGUGCGUAGGUUGGAGGCUUAUUUAAAAAAACAAAUUCCUAAAAAUUUUACAAGUAGGAAAAAAUAUAAAUACUUUAUUUGGUGGUCCGCCGGGGAGGAUUCAGAUGAAGAAAUAUCCUAGAUAGGUCCUGGUAAACGGCUUUUGUCUCUCAAAAUUCCCCCACUAUCUCGUACACAGAUGUUUCUAAAUGUAAUUUAGACGAGGUUAAACACGAGACAAUGCUGGCCAGCGGUCUCCACCACUAAUCGUAUGUGGGGCGGUCUUGGGGUUUAGCAGGGCCUUAGUGAUUUUACAGCGAUUUUGCAGAAGUCAAUCGUUUUGCUCACGUUGCCUUUGCGUGCAGGAGUUCUAGUUGUGUUUUGCCCCCAACCCUCCCUCCUGUCUGGAUGCUUUUCUUGCUAAGUAUCUGCGCCUUUUUCCACUGAGAUUCUCAGUGUGAUGGUGCCUGGUGGGUGCCGCUCACAGGGUUGUCAUGUUUAUCUUCGAGGCUUGCUUGCGGCCCCUUUCUGUUUCAUCAGGCACCUUCCCCACACCCAUCUAUUGUUGAUGGGUUUAAAUUGGAUUUGUAUGCGCGAGCCAACUUGCGCAGGAGGUCAUCACCUUGUCGAUAUUUGGCAGGCACACUGUCCCUCUCCGUUCUCUCUCCAUUCUCCCACUCGUUCUCUAAGGGACAGUGAAGCCUGCGAAGGAGGCUAGUAUGGCAAGCCGUUUGUAGCAGUCAAGUCAAAAAUUUAUACAAUCCAAUCAUUUUAACAUAAUAAAUUUUAGAAUAAAAAAAGCAUUUAAUUUAAUCCUUAAAAAAUUCAUUCAAUCCCAUCACCGAAAUAUUUAUUCAAUCCAAUCACUGAAAUAUUUAUUCGAUCCAAAAACGGAAACAUAUGUUUAAUCCAUUCAUGGACAUAUUUAUUCAAUCCAUUCGAGAACACGUUCAAUCCUCCAGGCGUUUCAUUUAAUCCUCCUGGGGCGAGCGCGGCCAACCCGAGUCGUNCAGGAGGUCAUCACCUUGUCGAUAUUUGGCAGGCACACUGUCCCUCUCCGUUCUCUCUCCAUUCUCCCACUCGUUCUCUAAGGGACAGUGAAGCCUGCGAAGGAGGCUAGUAUGGCAAGCCGUUUGUAGCAGUCAAGUCAAAAAUUUAUACAAUCCAAUCAUUUUAACAUAAUAAAUUUUAGAAUAAAAAAAGCAUUUAAUUUAAUCCUUAAAAAAUUCAUUCAAUCCCAUCACCGAAAUAUUUAUUCAAUCCAAUCACUGAAAUAUUUAUUCGAUCCAAAAACGGAAACAUAUGUUUAAUCCAUUCAUGGACAUAUUUAUUCAAUCCAUUCGAGAACACGUUCAAUCCUCCAGGCGUUUCAUUUAAUCCUCCUGGGGCGAGCGCGGCCAACCCGAGUCGUAACAUAUAUGGCUUCAUCUUUUUUUUUUAACGUUUCCCCUUUUUUGCCUUGCUGGAAAGGGAGGGGGAGGGGAGUAGAAAAUGUUGCAAUCUGCCUUGUACUUUUCCUAUAUGCAUCUAUAAAGUAAAUUCAUAUUUGGGUCGUACUCUUUACUUAUUAAUCAGGCUGGUGAUAUUCAUAUUGUUUUUCAUAGAGAGUGCGUCUGAAACGUCGGCCACUGAUCCUCCUCAAGUCAUUGCUCGUCAGAUAAGGAAUAGAGAUCUUCCUGCAAAGUCAAAG